AUGGCUAAGCCUAUGGACAUCAUAAAUAGAUCACGAACUUCAAUUAAAGGCAACAUUACCCGCCUAGAAAACUUUCUACAAAUUGAUGACCUGCGUGGUAUCACGGAAUUAAGUGUCAAACUUAGAAGUGUAGAAGUCUUAAAAAAUAGAAGUGAGUCAUUGCGACAAGAAUACUACAAAUUGGACAUCCAACUUGCUGAUAUUGACGUCAUCGAUACUGAUUUGAAUCAGUGUGAUGAACGGUUGGAUAAUUUAGAGGGGCUUGGGAUUAAAGACGAUCCAAUUUUACAAGAGAAUGAUCAGGCCAUGAAAAUAUUUAAUGAAACUGUUGAAUUCAAAGACGGUCGUUACAUAGUGCAACUUCCAUUUAGAAAAGACUAUAAUGAACUUGCUGAUAAUUAUUCUUUAGCGAAACAACGUUUCCGAAGCUUAUGGAAAAGAUUUACGCAUGACCCGGAUCUCUAUGAUAGAUACCGUGAAAUUAUACAGGAUUAUACAAGUCAAGGCAUUAUAGAAAUAGUUAAACCUGAUAGUAUACAGGAUGAAUGUGAAAGACCUAUAUUUUAUUUACCCCAUAUGGCCGUUAAAAAAGAAAGUUUAACAACAUCGUUAAGAAUUGUGUUUGACGCUGCGGCGCACGAGGUCAAUGAACUCUCUCUCAAUGACUGUUUGUGGCCAGGGCCCAAUUUAAACCCCAAUCUUUUGGAUGUACUUAUUGAAUUUAGACUCAACCGAACAGCUUUCUGUUCUGAUGUGAAGCAGGCUUUCCUUCAAAUAGGUCUUGCUGAGGUACACAAAGACGCAGUAAGAUUCUUUUGGAGCAAUGAUGAACCAAGUGUUUCUAAAGAUCCCAAAAUAAUUAUCUUCCAUUUUAAUAGAGUGAACUUUGGAGUUAACUCAAGUCCAUUUCUACUCGCUGCUACUAUUAGGCACCAUAUCAAAAAAUAUGAAAAUGAUCUUCCUGUUAUCGUUCAACUUCUAGAUAGAAAUCUUUAUGUGGAUGAUUUUAUUUCCGGUAGCAAUGAUUUUGAUGAAGCAUUAGAAAUAUCUAGAGAUGCAAAUAAAAUAAUAGAAGCUGCUGGAAUGACUCUAAGGAAGUGGAUAACUAAUGAUGCUGAUUUGAUGGAGCAGUGGAAGAAUGAGGGACUAGAUACUCAUCCUGCAAACGCUAGUGUUAGUCUGGGCUCCAAUCAGACUAAAGUGUUGGGACUUUUAUGGAACACCAGUGAAGAUUAUUUUUCUGUAGAUACCAGAAGUCUCCUAAAAUUCGUCUCCUCAAGCAAAAGUACAAAACGUUCGAUACUCCAGGCUAUAGGGAAGAUAUUUGACCCUUUAGGGUUAAUUUCAUGCUUCACCAUACGAAUGAAAUGUCUGAUCCAAGAACUGUGGAGUGAAAAAAUUCCUUGGGAUGAAUCCUUGCCACCGAAAAUAGAGAAAGAGUGGAUAAAAUGGUGUGAAGAGAUACCUUUUUUGGAAAAUCUUAAGAUACCUAGACUGGUUCUUAAUUCUAUAUCCAAAGAGGAUAUCGUCGAGAUUCAUAGUUUUUGUGACGCCAGUAAGAACGCAUACGGUGCUACAGUAUAUUUGAAAGUUUACACACCAAAUGGACCGAUUGUUAGACUUUUGACUUCUAAAAGCCGAGUAGCUCCUUUGAAUAGUGUGACUCUGCCUAGACUGGAAUUGCUGGGAGCUCUAGUUGCAGCUCGCUUGACAUCCAAAGUGAAAAAGAUUGUGAAUCUGAAAAGGUCUUCAAUUGCAUAUCAUUGGACUGACUCUAAAAUUGCGCUCUACUGGAUAAAGGGAAAGACAACUCGUUGGAAACAAUUCGUUGCUAAUCGAGUUAAAGAAAUAGCCACUUUGACAGAUCCAAACUCCUGGCACCAUUGUGCAGGUACAGAUAAUCCUGCAGAUAUUCUCUCUCGUGGAAUUAGUGCUGAAUGUUGCGGAUUAAUAUCUUAUUCAAUGCAGAUUCAUAAGGCUGUUGAAUAA